GUUCUGCGGCCGCCUAGCUGCGGGUCCCCGGGCAGGUCGCGCGCAUCGCGCAGCUGCGCCGCAGGCUCACAGGUGGCCCCUUAGUGAAUGUGGCGCCCCAGGCCCAGCUCUGAGUUAGCCAACUCUCUCCGCUCGGGGGCGCGGGUUGCCAGACCCUGCAUGACCCACCCGGGUUUGGCUCGGAGUGAGGGCGCCGGCAAGAGCCCGACUUAGGAGGGGGAUGCGCAAAGGCGCACUCCUUUCCCAGACACACACCAGCUAUCCCGGGAGAAGCGGAGCAAUCACCACCCCCAAAGGCAUCGCAGCUCCCGGCUUGCAGGUGGUGAAAUUUUCCUGUGAAGUGUAAGAACCCUGAACUGUAAAAGUGCCACCACGAGCAUCAUUAACUGGGAAGCAAAGAGCAAUAUGACAGAACCAUCUGGCUGAGUCUGAAGUGUGAAGACCACCAUAUCCACCAGAAGAGCCAGGAUGGAUGUACAGCAAAGCACCACAGUCAGGCUCCUGGAGAAAUGGUGUUCCCAUGAGUCACCAUCUGGCUGCAGGAGACAUUACAAUGCCAGGAAAAAACUGAAGCUGAUUCGAGUCAUUGGCCUUGUCAUGGGCCUGGUAGCUGUGAGCACUGUCCCGUUUUCAAUCAGUGCCUUUACUGACACAGACUCUCAGAGCCACAGGGGAGAAGCCAGUGAUGUGAAUGGCCCUAGGGUAGCACAGGGUCAUCGUCAAAGAACUCUCUUAGACUUUAACGACAAGAUUCACGAUUCUACUCCGCAGCCACUUGCUUCUAGAGAAGAAGACCAAGCUGAGAACAGUACUGAGCAUGCCCAGGGAGACUACCCAAAAGACAUCUUUUCCCUGGAGGAGCGAAGGAAAGGCGCCAUCAUUCUCCAUGUCAUUGGGAUGAUCUACAUGUUCAUAGCCUUAGCCAUCGUCUGUGAUGAGUUCUUUGUUCCGUCUUUGACUGUCAUCACUGAAAAACUGGGCAUCUCUGAUGACGUGGCCGGGGCCACCUUCAUGGCCGCAGGCGGGUCGGCCCCAGAGCUUUUCACGUCUCUUAUAGGGGUUUUCAUUGCUCACAGCAAUGUUGGCAUAGGCACCAUUGUAGGUUCUGCAGUGUUCAAUAUCCUCUUUGUUAUUGGCAUGUGUGCUCUGUUUUCUAGAGAGAUCUUGAACCUGACAUGGUGGCCGCUCUUUCGGGACGUGUCCUUCUAUAUCGUUGACUUGAUCAUGCUGAUCAUAUUUUUCCUGGAUAACGUUAUCAUGUGGUGGGAAAGCCUGCUCCUUUUGACAGCUUAUUUUGCCUACGUGGUUUUCAUGAAGUUCAACGUCCAAGUAGAAAGAUGGGUGAAGCAAAUGAUAAAUCGCAAUAAAGUGGUCAAGGUGACGGUACCAGAAGCCCAAGCUAAGUCAUCUACGGCUGGGGACAAGGACGAGCCGGCGCUACCGGCUAAGCCUCGCCUCCAGCGAGGUGGAAGCUCUGCCUCCCUCCACAACAGUCUCAUGAGGAAUAGCAUCUUCCAGCUCAUGAUACACACCCUUGACCCGCUCGCCGAAGAACUUGGAUCAUAUGGAAAACUAAAAUAUUAUGACACAAUGACUGAAGAAGGGAGGUUCAGAGAAAAAGCUUCAAUUCUGCACAAAAUCGCCAAGAAGAAAUGCCAAGUGGAGGAGAAUGAGAGGCAGAACGGCGCUGCCAAUCAUGUGGAAAAAAUUGAACUCCCCAACAGCACGAGCAUGGAAGUCGAAAUGACGCCGUCAAGUGAAGCUUCGGAGCCCGUGCAGAAUGGAAACCUUUCCCACAGCAUUGAAGCCGCAGAUGCCCCGCAAGCCACAGAGACUGCUGAGGAAGAGGAUGACCAGCCCCUCAGCCUGUCCUGGCCAGCCAAUCCCCGGAAGCAGGUCACAUUCCUGAUCGUUCUUCCCAUCGUCUUCCCUCUCUGGAUCACCUUACCCGAUGUCCGCAAACCUGCUUCCAGAAAGUUCUUCCCGAUCACAUUCUUUGGCUCCAUCACGUGGAUUGCAGUUUUCUCUUACCUGAUGGUUUGGUGGGCACACCAGGUUGGAGAGACUAUUGGCAUCAGUGAGGAGAUCAUGGGCCUGACCAUCUUGGCUGCUGGGACCUCUAUCCCUGACCUUAUCACCAGUGUCAUCGUGGCCCGGAAGGGCCUGGGGGACAUGGCUGUGUCCAGCUCUGUCGGAAGCAACAUCUUUGACAUCACCGUGGGGCUCCCUCUGCCGUGGCUGCUGUACACCAUCAUCCACAGGUUCGAGCCCGUGACUGUCAGCAGCAAUGGCCUCUUCUGUGCUAUCGUCCUCCUCUUCAUCAUGUUGCUUUUCGUCAUCCUCUCCAUCGCCCUCUGCAAAUGGCGGAUGAACAAGAUACUGGGCUUCAUCAUGUUUGGCCUCUACUUCGUGUUCCUGGUGGUCAGCGUCCUCCUGGAAGACAGAGUCCUGGAGUGCCCUGUCUCCAUCUGAUGGAAAAGCCAUAUAUAUCUUAAACAGCAUGGAUGGUCACUCCCGGCUCUGGGCUCCAGGCUCCUUGCAGUCUUGAGAAGAGACAGCUUGUGCACAGCCCUGGGAGGCAAGUGUCCCUCCUUGGAGGGUUGGAGGGAGGAUGGAUUCUCGUGGGGCCAUUCACUUCACAGGCACGUCACCCUUGCCUGCUGAAAUGACUCCAUGUAAGAGACAACGAAAACCGUCUCUCCAUCGCCACUGACAGGUACUCCUCGCUGGUCAGCGGUACGUUCAUUGUGAUGACGCAAAAGAGGACAGAGGCUAUACGUACAUAUAAAUAUUAUAAAUAUAUACACAUGAGCAUACAAAUCCUGCCUGUUUCUGUACUAUACCUCUCCUCCAAUACUUAUAGAUUAAUACAUAACUGUACACAAACAAAGAAAAAUUAUAUAUAAAAACAUAUAUAUUUAAGUGCAAAUGUAUCUUUUCAGGGAUAGCUAUAGCAUAUUUAUAGUACCUAUUUCAAGAGGGGCAUCAACCUUCGACCUUCGACCUUCAGUUUGUGCUUUGCCCCUCAAAUGCAAAAGGUGAUUUAACAGAAUCAGUAGGCAAAGCGCUCUUUGCUGUCAUCUCCAGACUGCUUCGGAUGUAGGAAGUUCAGUGAGAUGGUUUGCAGAGAAUAUGGCUUGGUAGAAGGAGUCUGUAGGAGCCCCAGUUAGAACCUCUAAAAUACUCUCACAAGCCAAAAAGGAACCCAUCUGCUCAUCCCCCUGGGGUGCUCUGUGACCCAUGGGAUUCUGCAAGACAGAGGUAAAACUCAGACUGCGUGGCAACCAUGGGGGAGCUGAUGAGGGUUAGGCUGUUUUGGUUUGGU